UUUCAACCUUCUUGGGACCCCACCAACCAAUAAUCACCCGCAACUUGUCAUGAAUCACUUUUUGACAUUAACACCACUCCAUUUUUCAAACCAAAUUCAAACCCGCUAAUUAAACUAAUCAAUUAACCCCCAUUCCACAUUCAAAAUCGAAAACCAAGAAAUCGAAAGCAAGAACAAUGGCGAGUGCAGGUUACGGUGAUGCAAACCAGAAGAUAGACUACGUCUUCAAGGUAGUUCUAAUCGGUGAUUCCGCUGUCGGAAAAUCUCAGAUACUAGCUCGGUUUGCAAGAAACGACUUUAGCAUGGACUCAAAAGCUACAAUUGGUGUUGAGUUUCAAACUCGUACUUUGGUUAUUGAACAUAAGAGUGUUAAGGCUCAGAUCUGGGACACUGCUGGCCAAGAACGAUAUAGAGCAGUUACAAGUGCAUACUACAGGGGCGCUGUUGGGGCAAUGUUGGUUUAUGACAUUACCAAACGUCCGAGCUUCGAUCACAUACCUAGAUGGUUAGAAGAACUGCGCAACCAUGCUGACAAGAAUAUAGUCAUCAUUCUUAUAGGAAACAAAAGUGAUCUUGAGGAGCAGCGUGCAGUACCCACAGAGGAUGCAAAAGAAUUUGCUGAGAAAGAAGGCUUAUUUUUCUUAGAGACCUCUGCGCUGCAAGCAACUAAUGUUGAGACGGCCUUCAUGACUGUUUUGACAGAAAUAUUUAACAUUGUCAACAAGAAGAACCUGGCUGCUGAUGAGAAUCAGGGAAAUGGCAACUCAGCAUCUCUGUCCGGCAAGAAGAUUAUUGUUCCUGGUCCUGCACAAGAAAUCCCUAAGAAGAGCAUGUGUUGUCAGUAAUCCGGAGUUCAUUUAUAAAAUGUUUAAUUUACUAGAUUCCAUGGUUCUAUGUUCGUAUGACCAAGUUUUGAUGGUUUGGCCAUUUCCCGUGUAUAUUUACAUCAUUCAAAAUUUAUGCUUGACUUGUUGAUUUAAGACCUGAGAUGGAGUCGGAGGUAAUUACAAAUUGCUUGUGACAAGCGCUACUAAUUUCAUAGGUAGCCUGAUUGGAAUUGGAAUAUUGUUGAUUGUAAAAUACUUUGUCAUACCAAAUAGCCUAAUAUUGAGGUUGAUUACUGCUAUGGUGUGGCUCUUUACCCCUUA